AUCUCUAUUGGAAAGAGAGAGAAAAAACCACAGAAAGAACUAUAUUAUUUUCUUCCGAUGGUGAACUGCCUUUUUUCCGUUCUCUAUUUUUUGUCUUCCCCUUUUUGUGUGUGUGCAAAAGGCUGGGCAGGAAAAGGAGACAAAGAGGAGGAAGUCCAGACCGGCGGAGGCUCAAGAGGGACAGAGAUGUGCAGGAGAAGGCUUGCAUAAAAAAAAAGAAGAAGAGAGAAAGAGAGAGAAAAGAAGGGGGAGAGAAAAGGAGAAAUUGUUGACACAUCAUUGACAGAGGAGGACCGCUUGAUGGAGAAGCGGUGGCUAGAUAGAUGGAGGACCGAGUGACGCAGAUGCUUUCCGGCACUGGGAUUCCUGCAGUGAGCCAAAACAGGUAGAAAGGAGGCAGAGGAACAGGUAGAAAGAAAGAAAAAAGACAGAAAAGAAAGGGCAAGAGCAAGGCAAGUGUGAAAUGGGAUCAAGGGAAUGGAUAAGCAUCAAACGAAAGAUUGCAAAAUAAAUAAAUAAAAGGUCUCAGCAUCUGCUCCAAAUCCAGCUGGAAUACCAUCACAAGCCAAAAAGUUGGACCAAAAGAAAGAAGCAAGAGUAAGGAAAGAGUGAAAUGGGAUAAAGGGAACAGGCAAGCAUCAGCCAAAGGUUGCAAUCCAGGUUGCAAGACAAGACUCCUGUUAUCUCUCCCCCCCCUGCAUCCACCUCCGACAUCAACACACCCCAAAAGUUGGACCCCGAUGUCGGGACGGGCGGUUCGAGCAGAGACGCGGAGCCGGGCGAAAGAUGACAUCAAGAAAGUGAUGGCAGCCAUCGAACACGUCCGGAGAUGGGAAAAACGGUGGGUGACAGUAGGAGACACAUCUUUACGCAUCUACAAGUGGGUACCCAUUGUGGAUCCCCGGGAUGAGGAGAAAAGGAGAUUGGCAGGCAGCAAUGAGCAGCAGAGGGCGAAAGAGAGAAGAUCCCAAGGGCUCAGUUCCCGGAGCAAUCCUGCCUUGCUGAUGUUGGAUCUCAAUGAUGAGAACAGUAACCAGAGCUCUAUUUCGGAAACCUCCUUGCUGAAAGGUGGUGACACCAGCCCCAGUCCUACUCCAGACCGCAGCCAGACUGUCACCCCAACCCCGUUAGGGGAGCUAAAGACCGAGGAUUCACAGCCUCCUUUGUUGGGGCAGGAAGGAGAUUCUAGUGGGUUGCUUCUGGAGGGAACAGAUGAGCCUCCCAUGCUUACCAAAGAAGAGCCGGAUCAGAAGACAUCGGAUACCCCGGUGAAGGAUGCUGCCACCCCUUCGGAGCCUGCGAAGACCUUUGCGGAGCCCACAUCUGAGGCGGAAGAGGUGCCGUCCCUUGGGGCUCCCCCACUGAAACGUAUCCGUACCGAGGGGCAAGAUUCAGAGUCUAGCCAGCCCUCGGAGGCUUAGGUUCAGAUCUGUUUCUGUCCUCCCCACUUCUUUUGAUUUGGUGUUGGGGAAACUUAGACGGAAGAGCAUCUCUUAGCAUCUUCUCAGCUAAAAUAUGGUACCAGCAGCCAUUGUUCCGGCUCGUGUUGUGUCCCCCCCAUCCCAAUUGUCACCAUUUUUCUGUCCAUCCCUAUAGAGGCAUUAUGCUACUAUAUCUUUGGAUGCACAAAGGGAACAUGUUUGUUUACAGGUAGCAGCCAUGUUCAUUUAUGAUCCGCAGUAUUAAAACGAGGUGUGUUGCUGAGGACGAAGCACACAAAACUGAAACAAAUGUGGGGAGGAACAGUCUUAGGGUUUGCUUUGUUUUAGAUGCCUCGUUACUUUUGUGGAAGUGAAUGGGAGAAGCAAGACCACAUUUGCUAGAAGUAAAAGAUGCUUUAAAAACACUUGCCAGGAAAGUCACAAGGUUUCCAGGUUCUGUGUUCCAGUCUUUAUUGGGGAACUAAAGGGCACCUAUUGGUUUUAAAGGCAAGGUGACAUAUAAGCCUCCUCUUAUUCCAAUUUUGCAGUCAGGACAAAAUCCGCUUCCACAUUCAGUGAAUACAGCCAAAUAGGAGAAUUAAGCCUACCAGUUUUGCAACAAUUUAUUAUUUUUGUGGUUUAGAGGAGGGGAGAAUUUGGAAAGGGUUUUUAGUUUUUUUCCUGAAUGAUGAGAACUAGAUUCUUGCAUCUCAGGGGUGAAAAUCCCACCCUGGUUUGUGGGCACGAAAGAUGUCUUGAGCCUUAAUGAAUCUGUCAUUGAUCUUUUAAGCAACAAGUCAACGUUAAAGUUGUAUAUUGUUGUCCUUGAAAUCCCGUAUGAAUCAGGUCUACUUUUUGGCUACUUUCUAGGAAGGAGAAAGGCACUCUUCACAUACUGAAAGCAUUAGUUGUUGUAUUGCAAUUAAAGCUUGCUUCCAUAUCAUUGAAAUGUUCUGAGGCAAAGGUUUGGUCUUUAGUCUCUGGCAAGGGACUAAGAAUGUAUCUACACUGUAAAAUAAAUGCAAUUUGAUGUCAUUUCAACUAUUAUAGCUAAAAUCUUGGGAGUUGUAGUUUUAUCAGGUCUUUAGACUUCUUUGCCAAAUAAGUCUAGUUCUGGCGUCUCAUCAAACUCUAACUCCCCAGGUUCAACUGCAUUUAACCAUAGCAGUUUAAAGUGGUGUCAAACUGCAUUGAUUCUAAAGUGCGGAUGUACCCUAAGAUACACCUUCGCUCCAGAAGGUUAAGGAAAUCUUAGGUCCCAUUUAUACUACCAUAUAAUGCAGUUUGGAACUGCAUUAGGACAUCAGUGUAGACUCUUACAAUGCAGUUUAACUAUUCUGAACGGCAUUAUAUGAAUCCACAUUUAUCAUAUAAUGCAGUUUCAAACUCAGCUGUAGAAAUAGGAAGUUGGAACAGACCUUGUAAACGUUACUUUGUUUGGUGUGCAGCAUACUUUCAACUGUCCAAUCCCAAUUAAUCCCCUAUCAUUCCACAUUAUCAGUUGCUUUAAAAUGUCCCAUUUUUCUUCUCUCCACACUUUCCCUCUUCAUCUUCAGCUCACUACCAUUGCCACAAACUUCCAUUUUUGCAGUAGAGGAAUUUUGACUUUUGAAGCAAUUUGUUUCAAUCAGACAGAAGGAACAUUUCACGAGGAGAUCUGAAUUCUUAUUUGGAGGGCCAGGCCCUCAUUUUGUCCCUUUUGUGGCUACACAUGUUCUUAGCCCAGCUCUUUAGGCCUUUGCAAAAGCUUUUUAUGUUUAGGACUCUGCAGUUCCAUUGACCUCACACAUAUGCCACAUAUGGCUUGUUGUGACAAAUCCACACGUGUGUACUUUGCAGCCUGAUACCUGGCAUGAAAAAGUCACAACCGUCUUGUUAUACAUGGUAUUUGCACAAUUUCUCUCACAGACACCGUUUCCGUGUGCAAGCAAGCUUUGCAGAGUCUGCCGCUGGCCUCGAGACUUCCAUUCACUUUAGAGAAUGUGCUUAGUAGUGGUAGCAAUGUGCUUUUGUUUGUUUUAGCAAUCGUAGGCUAACGUUACUCUUUUAUAUUCAAUUGUUCUAGAAGCAAAACGUUUAUUUUUGAGCUGACAUUGUCAUUUUCUGGGUCUAUAAAGGAAGUUCUUCCUCAUGUGAA